CCCAUUAAUUCCCAAAUCCCAAUAAUAAUAAUUAUUAUUGUUUCAUUAUUUCCAUCGUUGUUUGUUUAGUAAAUACAAGACAUUCAAAAUAGGUCGUAGGCUAUUAAAUUAUGUAUUAAAUCGUGUGAUCAUUCCUUAAUUCUGGGUUGAUAAGCUUACCCUAAACGAAUUUUGACUUUACAAUAAUUUAUUAUCGUAAUAAAAGUUAAGAUUAUCAUAUUAUAAAAUGGUUAUAAAUCGCUUAUAGAUCAAAUACUGCUCAUUAUAGCGCUAUAUACCAUAUAACAAAGAUAUUACACACAGGAUGUCUGUUAUAAUAAUCGCAGUUGGUUCAGAAAGCGGUGUUCCUAUAUUUUCAAGAAAGCGCGGGAAUAUCGAUAACAUACAAUUUUCUACCAUAGCAUCUCUUCAUGGCAUCAAUAUGUUUAGUAAAUGUCACAAUUUAUCAAUGAUUAACACACAUGUUGAUAAUGGAUCUAUUAUAUGGAAAGAAUAUUGUAAGAGCAUAACACUUAUAGCUGUUGCCACAGGAGGUUUAGAAUGUGAUCUUGAACUUUUGUUGUCAUUAGUACAUGAUGUCAUGAUAUUUUGUGUUGGCAAGAAGGAGUUGGAAAACUUUAAGAACGUAGAUCAAAUAAAGAGGGAAUUGAGGCAAUGCUAUCCUAUUUUAGAUUACUUACUUGAAUCAUUAGAUCCAAACUGUGUGCCGCAGACUUCAAUGCUCCUGGAUUUAAUUCAAGGCAUAUUGUGUCCACAGGCACAGCAACUACAGCAAGUAUUAGAUAACUAUGCAGAGCGAGUAACAGGGAGAUGGGCUUGUCUCAGCAUACAUGGACACUUAGUGGCAACCAGUUCAGAUUUCCAUGAAUUAGACUCUCGGGAAGCAAAAAUACUCCUAUUAUUAGCGGCGUCACAAGAUGGAGCUCCCUUGCGGGAAACACCUGUUUAUUUGCCACACAUGAGCCCUAAUGUAGCGUUCAGAGCAGUCACAUGCAAGCUUCUAGCUGAUGUGUAUGUGCUAGUGAUUUGUGGAGCCACACCAGCAUUGUCACAGAUUGAUGAAAUCGUUCUACAAUGCUGGGAAAGUUCAACACAUCUCAUAAAGGAGGCCAAAUUGGUUUAUCCGAGAAAUUUUCCAUUGAGCAUAACAUUUGAAGCUUGCAUUUUGGGGUGUUUAGUUAUAAAUAUAAGUAAGAAAAGAUGCAUAUUCUCUCGCCAUCUACAUAGCAGUAAUCAAAAGAUAAGAAGUAUGUCUGGUGUACACAGAAUGGACAUUUUGAGAACAUUCUUCAUUACAUCUGCCAGAGAUCUAGCACCUGAGUUGAAAGUGCAAGACAUGGAGGAUAAAGACACGACAAGCACAUUGCCUGGAAUGUGUGAAACAUUCUGGUGUUCUGAAUACCAUAAGUGCCAUGCUCACAGGUCAGGAAAUCUUGUUGGUUGCGUUUUGUAUGCACCUACUAUACCCACGCACACAAUGAGAUUACUGACUAGACAGAUGCUACAAGAAAUUGUAAACAGUAAAGAUGUAUAUUGGUGAAGAAUAGAGGAAACAAUUUUUAUCCGUCCACAUAUAAACUGUGAUAUAUAUUAUAUUUUAAUGAAAUGAGACAAUUCAAUGUUUAAAAAUAUUUAUUUAAUAUGAUAAUGUCCAAACGCUAAAAAACAUGGUACUGACUAAUACUAAUGUUCAUUAAAUAUGUUAUUAAAAAGGGA